GCUUCCUGGAUUCGAUGCCUUCCACGCUCAGAAGGCUCAGGAAUCCAGAAACAAGCCCGGCGUUGUGUCCAUCACCGAUGCUCACUCUGGAAGUAUUAACAACACUGAAUCCGUCAUUCAGAGACAGGAGACUACCAACGAGGAGAAGGCGGCGGAGCCGCUGACUGAGGGAUCCGACUGCAAAUGCCCGAAGAGAAGCCACCCUAUUAUUGGCUUGGCGGCUUCUUGCUACAACACGGAUUCUGACGGCGACCAUGACCUCGUUCGCAUGCAAGCUGCAUCGGAUGCAGUGAAGAACAAAUUCGCCGUCAACGUUGUCCUCCACGAGCACUCGAACCCGGACUGCCCCAAGCUGCUUCGGGCAGCUGCCAAAUUCCCCCUUCACUUCGGCGCCAGCCCUGCCGUUGUGGAUGGCCCCGACGAUCAUCUCCAGGUCAUCCGAUGGAAAGAUUCGAACGGCUUAUCCGGUCCCUCGAUCAGCGUGCCUGUUCGGAAGAUCAACUCGUCUGGUCCUCAGAACAACUUGGCUGGCCCUUCGCACAACUCGUCCGGUCCUCCUCUGGCUGGUGCUCCAGUCCCACAGCCGACUAUCCGCCGCAGAGGCAUCAACGACUCGAUGUGGGCCUAAGUCGUUCUCGAGAUGAAUUCAUUACCGUCACCGAGUCUAGAAUGCUUGAAUUAUCGCGCCUAUACGAUUGGGCAAUGACUUGAAAACUUUGGAGGGGUCACUGCGCUGACACGAACCGGACUCGAUAAGGAUAGGCGAACUUCCGCAGCCAUAUCCUCAGAUUGUUGAAGUUAUGACAACAUAUCUGAUUUCUUUCAGCACUCUUUAAUGUUGCCCUAUACUGGCAAAACCUUGAGUAGCUACGGACAAGGGGUAACGAGGAUGCCACUCAGCAUCGGCGUCAGGAAAUGGCGGGGAUUCGACGAGACAGAGAGGGUUGACAUGAUGAAGAAUGGUUGACUUUGAUAUUGGCUUUGGGGGUCUCUCGACUUGGGGAGGC